UAUAAAUGAUACUAUAUAUAUACUUAUAAGAAUAGUUAUAAUAUAAUACUACAUAUUUUUUAUCUUAGAAAAAUAAUAGUGUUACUUAACCUAAUAACAAUAUUAGUAAAUUAUAAUGAAAUUCACACAAUUUUUAUAUAAACAUCAUAUAGGUAAAGCAGUAAGAUAUUUAUGGCAGCAUCAACGAGAGAGAUCUAUAUUAAUGACUAAAACAGAAAAUAUUUUAAGAUCUAUGAAUUUUCCAAUUGAAGAUGCUACAAAAUUUAUAUUAAAACAAAAUCAAUAUAAACACAAAAUAAUUGAAAAUUCAAUUAAAUUCAAUAAUAUAAAUCUUGAAUUGAAAGAUACAAAUUAUUUGAUAUUUGAAGAUCAUAAUGUUUUACAAGAAGGAGUGCCACAAGCAUGUUUAUUAACAAAAACAUUAAAAAUUGAUGAUGAAUUGCCAAAAAAAAUACAAAAUUUAAUUACUGAAAUUCCAGAUAAUAUAAAUAAUUUAUUAAAAAGAUUUGUUUAUACAUCUGUAAUAUAUGAUACACAGCAAAUAAAAUUACCACGAUUAAAGGAUCCUGAUCGACCUGCUUGGGUAUUUCCAAGAGUAUAUGGUGUAACUACAACAAGAAAAAUGCAUAAUUUAUCAAAAAAGUUUUUACAACUUUGUGAAUCAUUAUGUGGAUUAAAUGAUGCACAAAACAAAUCAAUAACGCAUGAUGGACUUUUAUCUAUGUGUUUAGAAAAAGAAAAUUAUUUCAUAAAAUUUUCUUUAAAAAUGGAUAUAAUGAUGACAUCUUUAAUACCUUUGACACCAAUAGAAGAUGUAAAUAUGAAUAAUGAAUUUGAUUUACCUGAUAUUUAUCCAUUACAUUAUACUAUUGGUUUAUCUAAAUUAGAUAUUUUUAAUAAUGAAAAUCUAUAUCCAAUUAUUAUGGAAUCGCCAUUUAUGAAUGUUCAUACUAUUUUUAUAAAUAAUAAUCCAGAGGAAGUUAGAAAUUUAACUGAAAUGCCAGUCACGGAAGAUCAAAUUCAUGCACGUUCUAUGAUAAAAUCAUUUACUGUAGCAGCAACUUGUGCGCAACAAAGAUUUGGAUUAAAUGUGAAAAAAUUACCUGAACCUAUUGUUGUGCAAUGUGUUCAGUCAGAUGGACAAAACUUUCACUUCUCUGUAUAUCAACUUAAUACCUUAGAUAUUGAUGGUAAAGAAGGAAUAAAAAAUUUUUGGUGGUCAGAACCAUCAAUAAAAUUAUAUGAAGAAGCUCAAUAUGAAAAAGGACAGCCUUGUCUUAAAGAUUAUAAUAGUGACGUUUUUAAAAGAUUUCUUGCAUUUUAUAAAAAUAAAUAAAAUAAGAAACAAUUAUUUAUAAUAAACAUA